AUGUCUUUGGAAAGGGCUGAAAAUGAAGUUCGUGCACUUGCAGAUCAUCUUUUUGGUAUGGCAAUGAAUGGUAGCUGGAAACGUGUCCUUAGCACAUUUCAAGAGGACCCUCGACUUGCUUCAAAGGCCACUUCAUUCCCUUCCAUGAUAUCAGGUGAUACAACAUUUCAUGUCGCGGUCGCAGACUCCAAUGUUGAAGUAGUCGAAAAGCUAGUGAAGAUGAAUCGCCUGCAGGAGGCUCUAAGAACUGGGAAUAAUCGAGGAAACACGCCUCUUCAUCUGGCAGCCAUUGUAGGUAGCGUUCGGAUUUGCAGAUGUUUUGUUUCUGCAGACUCGAAACUCAUUACCUACCGUAACCAUGAUGGUGAGACACCUUUAUUCAUGGCCGUUCUUCAUGGUAGGAAAGAUGUAUUCUUGUUCCUGCAUCAUUAUAUUAUAUCUCAAGGACAGGAAGAUAGAGCCAACUAUUCUUUAUGCCGAAGAUCUGAUGGUAACACCAUUCUUCAUUGUGCCAUAGCUGCAGAAAAUUUUGGCCUUUAUGCUCCUAUCUUCCAUCAUCUUAAGCUUUUCUCCAAUUUUGAUGAUCUUGAGCUACAUUUUCCAGGCAUAAAUGUGGAUAAGUUAGUACCUCAAACACAAUAUACCUACCAAGAAGGACAUCAACUUUCUUGCGACCAUUCUGCAAACCAUCCCGGAAACCACACAACUUGCAUCCACUUCUCUGGGCUACUAAAGAAAGCAUUUCAUUCAAUUACUGGAUUAGUUGGUGUGGCCAGUGAUCAUCAGCGGCAACAAUUAGAUACGGAUUUGGAGGAUCACACCCGGAUACCAACCGGUCAACAAGAAAUAGCAAAAGUGAAGGAUAUCAAAGAGAAACAUAUGUGGUCCAUCCAGGUCCUGGAUAUACUUCUCCAAUGCGCAUCUGCAUAUAAAUACGAUUCUCCAUAUGGUGGGCGACUCCCGCCUCCUCGUCCAAAACCUUUCAGAGUUGUUGAUGUUGAUGAUUUUUUUCCGAUUCCACUAGAAACAGAAGCGCGUUUUAUGGAAGAAACUAGCUCAAGUGACAGUAUAUUAGACAACCCCAAAAACAAUGCAAAAGGACGUGGAAAGGGAAGAACAGCAGAGGAGAUUAUACUUGAUAAGGGAGAAACACCUAUCCUGAUUGCUGCCAAAAAUGGUAUCGUUGAGAUGGUUGAAAAAAUUCUAAAAGUUUUUCCAGUGGCCAAUCAAGACAUGAACUCCGACGAGAAGAACCUGCUUCUAUUGGCAGUGGAGAAUCGGCAACUUCAGGUAUACAAGUACAUUUUGAACAUGAAACUCACCAGGGAUUUUCUCUUUCGGAAAAUAGAUAAGAAUGGCAAUAGCGCGCUACAUCUUGCUGGAACACUUGGAGAAGAAGGGGCAACUUGGCUCAUCCCAGCUGUGCAAAUGCAAUGGGAAAUCAAGUGGUUUGAGUGUGUCAAAUCCUCCAUGCCUGAAGGCAUCUUCGCACGCUUCAACAAACAAGGAAAGACUCCAGAGGAUGUGUUCACUGAAACACAUCGGAUGCUCCUCAAAAGCGCUGGUGAAUGGCUAACAAACACCUCCGAAGCCUGCUCUGUAGUCGGGGCACUCGUGGCGACUGUUGCCUUCUCAACAUCCACGACAUUUCCUGGCGGUUUCACACAGGACAAUGAUGACAUGGGGACUCCAACUUUCAAGGGAGAGCUUGCAUUUCAUGUUUUCGCUAUAUCAUCCCUAGCCGCGGUUUCCUUCUCUGUCACAUCGGUGGUCAUGUUUCUAGCCAUUCUCUCAUCCAGGUACCAAGAAAAGGACUUCGGUGCCAGACUGCCUAAGAAACUGUUACUUGGCCUAACCUCCCUUUUUCUAUCCAUAACUUCCAUGUUGAUAUCUUUCUGCGCCGGCCAUUUUUUCUUGCUCAGGGAUAAACUGAAGGACAAGCCAGCCUUGAUAGCUCUGGUUUAUGCAUUGGCUUGUUUCCCGCCUAUUUUUGCUAUAGUCCAGUUCCCAAUAUACUUUGACAUUUUGCUGGCUACAUGGAAAAGACUUCCACAUCGUACUCUUACAGUGAUUCCCACAAUGCAAAAUUGA